UGGUUUGUUUUACUAUAAAUCAUAGAUCAAAUUUAUAAAAUGAAGGAGCAGAUUUCCCUCUAAAUAUUGUCUCUCAAUCUACCCAUCUUAGUUAGAAUUUUCUGUGCUUCUGAACAUGGCUAUUAAAAACACGGGCAGACAGCUUUGUUUAUGACAUUUCUGCGCUUUGACGUUGCUCGGAAAUAAAUCUGCUGCUAGAAACUUUAAAUCACCCCUAAGGGUUGAAACUUUUCGUAGACGCAAGCCCCUGCUUUUUUGUAUUCUGCAUUAUAAUUACAGCACCGCUUUAAUCCGUAGGCAUAAUGAGUUUCUCAGAAAAACAAGAUAGUGUUUCAAAAGAUGAGUGGGUCGCAAAACUAGAGGAGGGCUCCCAUAUUCAGCGAGUUUCUAUGAACAAUCUAAUUAUGAAUUACUUGGUCACUGAAGGGUUUAAAGAAGCUGCAGAGAAGUUCCAACAGGAGUCUGGAGUUGGUCCUACCGUGGAACUCAAUUCUUUGGAUGAUCGAAUUCGAAUUCGUGAUGCUAUCCAAAAUGGUCGAAUUCAAGAAGCUACAGAUCUAGUUAACCAACUGCAUCCAGAGUUAUUGGAUAAUGACAGAUAUCUUUAUUUUCAUCUGCAGCAGUUGCAUUUGAUUGAACUUAUACGUACUGGCCGUAUUGAAGAAGCACUGCAAUUUGCUCAGAACCAAUUAAGUGAAGCUGGUGAAUCUGAUGAUAACAUUUUGAGUGAAUUGGAGCGUACCCUUGCUUUACUAGCAUUCGAUGAACCUCACAAAAGUCCCUUUAGUGAUUUAUUACAUCCUACACAUAGACAAAAGAUAGCCAGUGAGUUGAAUGCAGCCAUAUUGAAGAUGGAAUACAGAGAAUCGACUAGUCCAAGGCUGAAUAAUCUUUUGAAAAUGAUACUUUGGGCACAGGAUGAAUUGGACAAGAAAAAAGUGAAGUAUCCGAAAAUGACAGAUUUAGGAAGUGCCACCAUUGAGACUCCUAAGUAAUUUAAUGUGUGUAAGAGAAAAAGAAAUAUCAGAAUCUUAUUUAUACGUUAGGUUAUCAGAAAUAUUUGUGAUUUUAUUAUAUUAUUAAUGUCCAGUAGAAAAUUGCAAUCUUGUAUAAGGACAGUAAAAGUACGUGAUUGAUUUUGAAGAAAUAUAUACGAUUGACAUUAGUCGUUUAUUUUUAACACAAAGAAUAUCUACAAUCUCAUGGCUUUGACUUGAUUUGUUAAUAAAGACUAAGCACUGCAUUGAAUACUA